GCCAGAGGGAUGGAGAGCCCUGGAGCCUCAGCCCCUUCUGCCCCCUGCCUUGGGGGUCCACAGCCCAUAGCAUCCCUGGAUGAGCUGGGGACCGGCACAAGCAGGGGGGGUGACACUCAGUGCCGGUGAAAACAACCUCAGUCCUUAAGGAGUUAAGACUUCUGGGGUUAGUGGAAAAAUGUUCUUUUGGUGACAGAGCUUAGCCUGGCUCCCCAGGACCCCUCCACUGGGUUCCUGGUGCCAUGCAUGAAGCCACGCAAACAUAAAAAUCCAUUUGGAAUAGACUUGAAUUUGCCAGGGUGACUAAAUGCUGUAACAACUUAAAGACUAAAAAGACAACCCCCCCCCGAGGCUGUUCCUUUAAGGGAUGCUGGGUUUUCCCAUGGACUGACUCAGACUGGAAACUCUCAGUUUUUCUCGAUGCAGCAAUCUAGGUCAGGCUUGCUGACAGUUGCUGAUGCUUCUCGUCCCGCCCGGCAGCCCCGGCCGCAGCAGCAGGCAGAGGGGCCCAGCAGCACAUGUCCUGAGGACUGGCAAGACUAUGCCACGCACGGGCGGCAGCUGCAGCCCAGGCCAUGGUGGGGUCCGGCGAGGCUUUGGUGCUCCACGUCCUGCUCUGCUGCCUGUGCGGAGGUUUUGGCGCAGGUGUUGCAAAUAUCAAGUGCUCAGGUCAUGUCUGGAUCGAGCCUGCACUGGUGGUGCAGAUGGGCUCCAACAUCUCCAUCAACUGCAUCUCCACCCUUGGCUGUCCCUGGGCCCAGUUCUUUAUCGUCAUCAACUACAACCACACUGAGGGUCCCCUGCGUCCCUUCAACAGCAGCGCUGUCCGGUUCCAGCUGCGCAAUUUCCGGAUGCCCUCCGGGUCCAUCACCUGCUUCGCCCGCUGCCCCAACAGCAAAAAGCAGCUGCUGGUGUGCGGCACUGAGGUCCUGGCUGGCUACCCUCCGGACCCCCCCAGCAACCUGACCUGCACCAUCCACGAGUUCUCAGGGCUCCUGGCAUGCACGUGGGAUGUGGGGCGGCCGACCCACCUACACACCCACUAUGCCCUUCACCUGCGCAGUGUGGGGACAGCAGCAGCAGAGGAUGCUGAGGAUGCUGAGGAGAAGGUCUUCCAUGAAGGCAAGCCAGUGCAGCUGAAUGAACUGCGCAGUGGGAGCCACUACUCGGCAUGGGUGCAGGCCAGCAACGCACUGGGUGCUGCUCGUUCAGCCCCAAGGCACCUCAACCUGCAGGAGCUUGUGGUCCCAGCUCUGCCCCUGGUCACCAGUGCUGAGACAACGGAGACAUCGCCUCCCACCACCACCAUCCACUGGAGGAGGCAGACUCUGCUGGACAAUGUGUACUGUGAGGAGCGACACAAAGCCAUGGGUGCCCCGGUGGAGGUGUGGAACCGUGCAACGCAGCAGGGGCCCCGCUCACAGCAUGACCUGCAGAGUAACACCCAGUACAUGUUUCAGGUCAGGUGCCGGCUCAGCCCUGCUAACAGCCCCUGGAGCACCUGGAGCAACCCCUUUCUCUACACCACCCCUGAGGCAGCCCCUGCUGCGGCGCCUGACGUCUGGCGGCGCCUGGGCCCGGUGUUCCCGAACGGCAGCCACGAGGUGACGGUCUUGAUCAAGCCCCUGUCGCCGCAGGAUGCCCGCGGGAAGAUCCUGGGCUACGCCGUGGCUGCCGAGAGCCCCGCGGGAGUGCUCCUCCUCUGCAACACCUCCAGCACAGUGUGCAACGCCCUGGUGCCCCCUGGAGCCCACACCCUCCAUGUCACCGCUUACAACUCCAGGGGGUCUUCCAGCCCUGCCAGCAUCACCCUCAGCCGGGGCACUGGCAGACAGGAAGAGUUCCCAGCACCAGUGGCCGUGGAGGUCAAGCCCGAGAACCAGAGCAGGAUCUCCGUGGCCUGGCAGCCCCUCCACCACAGCAGGAGGUCCCCGCUCUGGUUCAUAGUGGAGUGGGUUUUGACUGACCAGUAUAGCCGGGAGGAGCAGUAUUUUUGGAAGAAAGUCCCAUACCAGGAAACACACACAUACAUCCAAGAAGAUGCAGCCGCAGCAGGAGGUCACAUCAAAGCAUCAGUGUAUGCAGUCUAUCCUGAUGGAGUCAGCAAACCGAGCUCCAGCCAAGUCCCUUCAAAGGACCAGCUCCUGGGCAGCAUCUACCGUGAGAUCCCCCAUGACAAAGAUGUUGGAGUUUUCCUGGGACUGGGUGCCAGCGUGGUCAUAUUAUCAGUUGUUUUUGUAAUUCUGGCGUUUAAAAAAUCAGCCAGAAAAAGAAUUAACGCCACUAUUGUGUCACUCUUGCCAAAAUGGCUGUUUGAAGACUUUCCCCACAUGGAAAACAGCAACGUGGUAAAGUCACUCCAGGAAAAGAGUGAUUUCACAUGUAACACUUUUCAUAAGCCAUUCUUGGACACUAGUGACCCCACAGUUAUGGAAAUCGAGGAGGUGCCAGCGCACGAGGAGUACAAGAAUGUGGCCACCAGAAGGAAGCCCAGCAAAGAGAUCCCCAAGGACAGGGAGCACCCAGGGAGCACGGCAUCUGCCAGCAUCACGGCCCCCGAGCAGAUCAGUGACUACAAACCUCAGGUGUCUCACAGCAACCCGCUGGGGUAUGUAGCUGCCAACAUUUACCAAACGCAGCCCCCCACAGCCCUCCCAGAACUGGAGACGAACAUCAUCUUCAGAGACUACACGAGCCCCGUUAUCCACCUGUGGGAUGGGGAGGGAGGGGAGCACCACGUCUGUCUGCUGGAGAAGAUCAACCUCAUCUUAAACAACAGCCGGAGUGGGCAAAGCCAUGCGUUUGGCUCAGCCCAGGGGGGACGUGGCUCCCUCCUGGAGAACCAGUGGGGACACACGUCAGCCGGAGAUGUUCAAGAGCAAACACUGGUCCCCGAUGAGCUGGUCUCCUGCCUGAGAGCCAUGAAUGGGGAGUCGGUGGAUAUAAAGACCUGCUUUCCACAAAGCAUUGGAAGAUUAUUUUGAGAGAAAUUGUAACUGUGAUAAAAAGAACCAAAGUGAUAACCAUGCCAAAUAUCAGCCUUCGAGAUUGCAAACAGCAGAACUGGAGCAAAACUCCAAAUCUGAAACUCACCCUCUUCAUCAACUACAAAUACUUGUGGCUGCCUGGAAUACUCUAGCCAGUAAAUUACAAUUUUAGGCUUACCUCAUAUUUUCACAGGCAUAAAAGCAUAAAGUUGGAUUCCUGUAAGAACUGAAAUACGAAGCAGGUGAUUUUUGCAGGAUGCAGUAUGCUUCAAUAAUUAUUCAUAAUCAUUCUCUUGUUAAAUAUUUGGAGCAUUUCAUCCCUGGAGUUGAUUGCAGUUAAGAUGGAUAAAAUGAUCCCUUAGACACCCUGACUGAAUUAUGUAAAAUAUCUUGGGAUCACUCCUAAUGAAAAGACACUACACCGAGGAGGAUUUAUAUAUCAUACAGCAGACAUAGGUACCAAGAACGUGAAAUCUUUUCUGUGUGACAGAAUAACCCAAUUUCAUUUUCCCUCCCAUUUAAUCAUAAAAACCACAUCAGGCAAGAACAAACUUUCAUCAUCUGCCAGACUGAUUUAAAGUCUCUCUAAAUUGGUCACUGGGCAGAUUCUUCACUUUGGGUGAAGGAUUUAUCACCUCCUCACAGCAGCUUGUCAGCACCUCAGCUCUGAUGUUUGAGGCAGAACGUGGCACAGCAAAGCAGUGUUUAUUUGGCUCAUGGCAGGGAAUUCAGAUUUUUCUGAAAUACAGAAAAUGAACUACAGGA